CAACAGUGAUGAGCAAAUAUUUGAGGUUAUGGAUUAACUCAGUCGGCUGAGGCUAUCAUGGCGACAAGAAGACGAUACUGCCAGUCCUCCAUUGCCCACAUCUGUGUCAGUUCUUCUAAAAUGUGGCGACUUGUGAGCUUUUUGGUUUGUGUGGCCUCCUGGUACUCACUCAGUGGACAUGCCUUCUCAGUGUUCUCUAGCAGCAAGAAAGCCAACCAAGUCCUGAGGAUUCAGAAGCGAGCGAAUUCAUUCCUGGAAGAGAUUAAACCCGGCAACCUGGAGAGAGAAUGCAAUGAGGAGAUGUGUGAUUUGGAAGAAGUCCAGGAGAUUUUUACAACUCGGGAAGAAACAUUAGCUUACUGGUCAAAGUAUGUGGAUGGAGACCAGUGUGAUCCCCAUCCCUGCCAUAAUGGGACCUGUAUUGACGGUAUUGGUAGCUUUCAGUGCAUCUGCAACGAAGGCUGGGAAGGACGCCUUUGUGGGCAUGAGAUAAACUAUACCAACUGCUCUGUCAACAAUGGCGGUUGUGAUCACUACUGCACUGAGGACCUCACGAAUCAGCGACGCUACUGCAGCUGUGCCCCUGCAUAUCAGGAGAGUGACAACCCUAUGGAGUGUAAGCCUGCGGCAAAGUUCCCUUGUGGAAAACCAAAGGUGAAUUACCCAAUGCAAAGUUUUGAAGAAUUACAAAUUCGAAUCUUAGGGGGGAGGCCGGCCAACAAAGGUGACAGCCCAUGGCAGGUGAUACUGUUGGACCACAGGUUAAAUUUAAAGUGUGGGGGUGUUCUUAUCCAUUCUUCCUGGGUGCUGACUGCAGCCCACUGUGUGGAGCAUACAAAAUACUUUACAGUAAAACUUGGUAAAUACAACAUCGGGCGGCAUGAGAAUUCAGAAAUGGAUUUUAAUAUACAGGAUGCUAUCGUGCACCCCAACUAUACCAAAAGUACAUCAGACAAUGACAUUGCACUGCUCUACCUGGACAAGCCUGUUGUCUUCUCCAAGUACAUCCUACCCAUCUGCCUUCCCAACUUGGGGCUGGCCCAUCGAGAGCUCAUGAAGGUGGGGAGGGAAACGGUGGUAACAGGCUGGGGCCGUCAGUCUGAAGACUCCAAGAACCGCACUUAUAUCCUCAGAUUCAUCAAAAUCCCUCUGGCCUCUCAUGAUGAAUGCUCUCAAAGCAUGCAAAACAUCGUCUCAGAGAACAUGCUCUGUGCAGGAAUCCUUGGUGACAAGAAGGAUGCUUGCGAGGGGGACAGUGGGGGGCCCAUGGUCACAGAAUUCCGGGGUACAUGGUUCCUAGUGGGCCUAGUGAGCUGGGGAGAGGGCUGUGGACGACCAAACAACUUUGGCAUCUACACUAAAGUCAGCCAGUAUCUCAACUGGAUCCACAGCCACAUAAAAGCAAAAGAACGACUCUCAAAGAAUGAGUGAGCAUCUUGGUCUCCCGAAGGACUCAGUGGAAUUCAGAGCCCUAAGUGAGAUACGGGGCCAUCCACUGGCAUGAAACCAAGUACAAAGUUUGGCCAUGUCCACCCUUAUUGGCAUCCUUGUUUUUCCCUUAGUCUGUGACAUCUACUAAGCAAGCACCUGUUAGAGAGAGGAGAUGCCCAAUGAAAUAGAAGACGUGCACCUACCUUUUGGUGAGCUUGCCAUCCAGUCAUGGAAGACACAGCAUCUCCCUACACACUUGACAUCUCCAGACAGAACCUUUGACCUGGUUCUCCCUCAUGCCUGGAAUUUUCUCCCUCUUUUUCUCUUCCUUCUGACAUUCCUGGGUUCCUUCAAGACUCAGAUCAAAUGCCACCUCUGCAGGGGCCUUUUCUGGUCCUUUCAUUCAAAUGAGCCUUCCACUUCAAGGUUUCCUUUCUGCUACUCUAUAUGGAUUCAUCCCUUCUUAUUUACUUCUUCUAUUAGUAUGUAAGCUCCUGGAGGGCAGGGACACUUUUUGUGUUUUUGCCUUUCUUUGUAUUCCCAAGACCCACCUCAGUGCCUGGAGGAUAGUAUGAUAAUAAUAAAUAUUCUUCAUUAAUUAAACGUAAUAAAUGCUUUAUUGAUUGAAAA